AUGAACCGGUCUUGUAGCGAGGGGACCUUUAAUACUGUUCGCAGUAUCGGCGGCAUUGGCGAAAUCUCCUUCGCCAAGGAUCGCGACGUCGCCAACAUCUCUUCGGCUCCUGACCCUGCUGCUUUUGAUAACAUGCAUUUUCCAAAGGAGGGUUUUGAUGCCAUUUCAUUUAAACCAGCCGUGCCAACUCAAGACAUGGAAAGCAUCUGUACCCCAAGGGUCUCGUUAGCCUUGCCCAAGAGCGAGCGCGCGUUGACGAGCUUGCCAGAAUCCGUCGUUAUCGCUGACGGUUUCGGUUCUCCGUCUGGCGUGACUGAGCGUCCGCUAGCGGCAACAGCAUCAGACCCUCUCAUGAACGCUUCAGGCAGACAAAGACCCAUCCAUUUUACCCUCUCAGACAACAACUUGCCUUCCCUGUCUUCAUCUGCGAAAGAUUCUUCUACUUCUGAUUCCGUUGCUGUUCCUGCAGGAGCUGUGACAGCACCCGUUCAAAUUAUGAAGGAACGUUCCGCUGCUCAGGUUUCUGACGUCCCCCACAGCGAUUCUGCAAGCGGCUGUGGGUUUUUGGAAGGCAGGAGCAAAGUAAUAUAUCAGAAGUUCAUUCCGAUAUCUACUGAUGCGGACGCAAUUGACGGCUCUCAAUCGCCCUCGCCCAGGCAAGACAUCUCGCAUCCGCGUCGCCUGCACCACAGCGGGCCAAUUGUCAUUGGUAACCGGAAGAAGGCGCUCUUCGCUGCUGCUCUCGAGGCGAGGGAGGCGAAGAGGAGCGGUACCGCGGAUGGGGCUGUUGAUGCUGAUGCUGAUGCUGCUGCUGAUGCUGCCGGUGCGGUUGCUGCUGCUGCCGGUGCUGCAGGAGAGUUGGUUUCUGCUGCUGGAACUGAAAGCCCUGGUGGUGCUUCUGUUGCUGGUGACGCUAAUCGCUUUGCUGCUGCUUCUGUCAGUGACAGCAGUGGUGCUGGUAUUGAGGCUGAUGAUGGAGGUCGCUGUGAUGCUGCAGGUGCAGAAGCCGUGACUGCUAGCUCCAGCAGUGUUGUUGCGAGUGCUGAAAGGAAGGGAGUAGGAGGGAGCGGGAGCCUAACCAGUGACCCAUUCCGGUUUCUGAAGAGGAUUGGUAGGCGUCACUCAGCCGGCAAGUCUGAGGCCCUGGCGCUGCGGGAAAGUGCAGCAGCUUAUGCCAUGUCUAAACCACAGGGGACGGAGGGGGAGCAGCAACGAAUGCAGCAGCAGUCGCCGCAGCAGGGGCACCAACGGUGGCAGCAGCAGCAGACGCCUACUCUCGGCGAUCCAUUUGAAAAUCCAAAACAGGGUGAUUUACCCCGGAUUUUAUCGACCACUCCUCCGUCACCCUCUCCCAGCCCCCUCACCUCUCCUCCCUGGGCGGCCAAGCCCCCGCACUCCCUUAAGCCAGCCUCACAUGUAACCUCGCCGCCGUUACACAGCAACCAUACCAUUAAGCAUGCCACUAGUAAUACUCAAGAGCAGCGCACGACAGAUGGCACACAGAGCGGGGAGCAUCAGCAGGUGGGCACUGUGGAGUAUCCCUCGUGUGCCUCGGAAUCUUUGGCGGAUCAGCGGCAGCAACGGCCGCGGUCGCCUCAGCUGAACUUCAGGUUUUUCUCCUCCAAGCCACACAAGCGCACGGGCAGCCGUGCUAGUGCUGCUGCUGCUGGUGGCAGCGGUGGUGCUGAUGGUGGUGGAGGUGGCGAUGACUGUGGUGUGGUUAGCAGCAGUGAUAGCAUCACGAGUGACAUUGCGAGCAGUCUGCAGGAGAAUGGUGGUGGCACUGCGGCAGAGCAUAGCAGGCAGGCAGGGUCCCCUCAGCCUGGUGGUGACUUGGUGGCCCUGGCUUUUGCUUGUGGAACCACCACAGACACGCGUAGCUGGAGGGAGCAGCAGCAGCAGCUGCAGCAGCGGCAUAAUCAGGAGGUGAUACCUGAGGCCACAACAGGGCAGCCGUCUCCUACCAAUCCCCUCUCCCCUCUGAGCGAUGGCUCGUGUGACUCCUACUUUAGCUCUCCGCCACACGCGCUGGAUCGGUGCGUGACUGAACCAGGUCAACACAAGUCAGCGCUCUCACCAACCCCAGACAUGCAGAGCAGUUACACAAAAGCAGAGGGGAUUGAUGAUGCAGAGGAAGGGGAGCGAGAGCAAGAGGAGGCGGGGGGGAAGGGGUUAGGUGCUGGAGUGAUGCGGCUUCAGUCGAAAAUCUCCAAGGCAGUGGACAAGAGAAUGUCGGCUCGGGGGGGUGAAGCGGGAUUCACGUUCAUGAGAGGCUUGAAUGGGCGGCGCAGAGACAGAAAAGGAGGCUCUGGCGCUGCCUCUCAGGAUUUUGGCAAAGGAGAAACCGAGGGAGGAGGAGUUGGGGCAGGCGCAGGAGGAGGAGCAGGAGGAGGAGGAGGAGGGGUAGGAGAAAAGGGAGCAGGGGGUUUGCGCUUCCUGUCGCCUGGCAUGGCUCGUAACCAUAGUGUUCCAGUCGCUGCUAGUGAAUCCGCACGCCCUCCCAAGCUGGAUAAGGUUGUCUACGGCCCACCUGUGCGUGUCCCAGUCGAUCCCAGCCGUCCAAUCGCCCUGUCGAUCCGUCCACGCCCUCGAUCUGGGACCCUGCCCCAAGGGACCCCCCAUGGCAGCCGAACAUGCCUGCUAGUUACCCUAGAUUCUUCCAUUUUCCUGGUUACAGAUGAUGGGAUCAGGGUGUGGGAUAUCCAACAUGUGAUGACUGCACAGGGGGCCUUGGGACUAGGAAACCCAAGAGGGGAUGAAGAGGCAGCUGCGUUCUUCUGGGUGCCAUUCGGGGCAGGUGUAUCUGCAGCCAAGAGCAUUGCAGCGGAUGUUAAGGGACGGAUGGUUUUCACGGGGCACAGGGAUGGAAGGGUGCUGGUGUGGAGGGUGCGGGAGAGGGGAGCAGAGAGAGAGGGUGCUGCGGCUGUGGGCGACGGAGCAGCACAGGGUUUUGGAGGAGGAGCAAUGGGCGGAAACGACUCAGGCGUUGGGGGAGGGGAGAGGUUGCCUGGGUGGAAGGUGUGGGCAGAACUCGUGGCAGAGUGGCAGGCGCACACCACCACUGUGACAGCCCUGGUAGUCACCUCAUAUGGUGAGCUCUGGUCCGCGGGGGACAGGGGCGUCAUCAAGGCGUGGCCCUGGCCCAGCCUAUGCAGCGAGCUCUCCCGAACUUCAUCCUCGCCCAGCCCAGCGGCCUUACCACCCACUGUUCCUGUUAGCAACGCUGCUCCCCUCCGUGCUCCUUGUGUGAUUCGGCCUGCUGCGGUCCCUGUGCUUCUGCAUGCCCCCAACAGCCAGCUGCCACAGAACUGCGUUGCAGUGGCGUCUGCCUCAGCUGCUGCUGCGGAUGGUGAUGCUGAUGAUUCUAGAGCAGCUCGUGGGGCAGGAGGGGACACUCCUGUCACUGUAACAGAAAGCAGUGGCAGUGUAGCUGCUGCUACAACGGGCAGCAGUGGUGGGGGGGGCAGUGGCAGCAGCGCUGCUGCGGGGACUGGGGGUGAGAGCGAGGGAGGCAGUGGUGGCGUGGUGUACGGAGUGACGUCUGUGCGGCGACUGGUGUCAGACCCGGCAACAGGGCAGGUCUGGAGCAUUGGAGCUGCUUCCAUCUCCAUCUGGGACGCGAGGAAGCGAGCGCUGGUGUGUCAUGUGAAAGUGAAGGACGAGGAGAGGGCUGCUGCGGAUACCUCCUCUGGCGCUGUUGCCUCUGGGGCCAGCAGCGCUACAGCCGCUACAUCCGCUACAGCCAGCAGCGCCACAGCCCCUGCCAACAGUGCUACUGGCGCUGCUAGUGUCACCAAUGGUGGUGGUGCAUCUAUUGCUUCUAGUCUAUCUAUUGGUUCAGCCCCCAUUGCCAGCAGCAAUGGUGAAGCACCAGUGUUGGCAGCAGCGCCACCACCACCGGGUGACGACGGACCCUUGUCUUCCACCUCCUCCGCCUCUGCCUCCUCCUACUCCUCCUCCUCCUCCCGCCCCCCCAAGCGCAAGCUCCAUGCGGUCGCGCCAGCUGGCGACGGCACGGUGUGGAUCGGGCACGGGUCGGGCAUGCUACGGCAGUACGACUGGGCAGGCGGCAAACUGCAGGAGGUGGUGAUGGAGGCCGGCGUGUGUUGUCUGUGUGUGGUGGGGCUGCGGCUAUGGGUGGGCACAGCGGAUGGAAGCAUCACAGUGCUGCAUGUGCGCACAGGGAGGGUGAUCGGGGCAUGGCAGGCUCACUCUCCCGCACCAUGCUCCAAGGCAGCAGCCAAGGCCGCACGAGCAGCAGCAGCAGCAGCAGCAUCCCCUUCCCCUUCCAUUGGAACCGCAUCAGACCUGUCUCAACCUUCGGAUGACACAACCCUCUCCUCCCAGGCUUCAACAGCGGCAGCGGCUGCAGCGGCGACACCAGCAGCGAUCCGCCAGCUGGCGCGGUGCAGCAGCUUCAUAGUGUGUGUCUCCCGCACGGGGCAGGUGAGUGCAUGGCUGGUGGCUAUCCCAGGCCCGGUGGACCCUGCCCUUCGUGCCACCCUCUCCUCCUCCUCCGCCCUCUUCACCUCCCGGCAGAGAUUCCGCCUGGCUGCCUGCACGUGGAACGUUGGGGAGGAGAGAGCGGUGCAGAGGAGUGUGGAGGCGUGGCUGGGGGAGGUGGCAGGGGAAGGGCCAGAGAGGGAAGAAGGGGCGGAUAGAUUAGACCAGGCAGUUGGGGCAGGUAUGGGGAAUGGGACUGGGGGAGCAGUGGAUGUGGGGAAUGGGGUAGGAGGGGGAGGAGCGGAUAUAAUAGCAGUGGGGUUGCAGGAAGUGGAGAUGAAUGCGGGGGCGAUAGCCAUAGCAGCGGCCAAGGAGUCAGUGCGCCUAGGGCUGCAGGAGCGGGGGUCGGCGCUGGGGGCACACUGGGUGGCAACGAUUGGCGCUGCUCUGGCGUCCCGAGGGGCGUUUGUGCGGAUUGUUUCGAGGCAGAUGGCGGGGAUUCUCAUCACUGUGUGGGCAAGGGCGUCAUUUGCCCAUCUCAUUCGGGAUGUGGAGGUGGGGGCUGUGCCUCGGGGGUUUGGCCGCACAUUGGGCAACAAGGGAGCGGUGGCGGUGCGCAUGAGUGUGUGUGGGCGCAGCGUGGCGGUCCUCAGCUGCCAUCUCGCGGCCCACAUGGAGGGCGUGGCGAAGCGCAACGAGGACUGGCGCCGCAUCUACCGCCACCUCUCCUUCUACCGCCCCCAGACUACCCUCGCUUCUGCUGCCUCCUCCGCUGCCAAAGCUGCCGGGGGCGGCUUGAAAGGUGGGUUCCAUACUCUCAUGGGGAAUAACAACUGGCGUCGCAAUUACCGCCACCUCUCCUUCUACCGCCCCCAGACUACCCUCGCUUCUGCUGCCUCCUCUGCUGCCAAAGCUGCUGGGGGCGGCUUGAAAGGGAUGAUGACCGGCUCUGCAUGCAUCCACUGCCACCUCUCCUUCUACCACCCCCACCCCAUGCUCGCCUCUGCUGCCAAAGCUGCUGGAGGCGACUUGAAAGGUGAAGCAGGUGGGAUGAGCUGGGCUGCAGAUCUGGAGGAAAUGAAAACACCAGAGUUAGCAGAAGCCGACCUGCUGGUGUGGAUGGGCGACCUCAACUACCGGGUGGAGGGUGUGCCAUACGAGCAUGCGCGGCACCAGGUGGCGGCGCGCAACCUGCCUGCACUGCUGGCGAGCGACCAGCUGCUCAGAGAGAUGGCGGGCGGGCGUGCGUUCCGAGGCAUGGAGGAAGGGCUCAUUGCCUUUCCUCCCACCUACAAGUUUGAUCGUGGCACACCCGAUCCGCUGGCGUAUGACUCGGGGGAGAAGCGCCGUGUGCCUGCUUGGUGUGACCGAGUGCUCUUCCGUGACAGCUUCACUCCAAGCCUGCCGCCCAUGCUGCCGCCCACUCUGGCACCCAUCCUCGCGCCUUCUCUGCCUCUCUCUCUCUCCAUGCCUGCCGCCCCAAAUCACCACUCUCAGCCUCUUUUGAGUGUGAGCGCACCUCAAAGAGCGAUCGAGGAGCAGGAGUGCACGCUGGCGCAGCCAGUGAAGGCCCAUGUGUUGCGCUAUGAUGCAUGCAUGGAGGCCAUUCAGAGCGACCACAAGCCUGUCAGAUGCCUCUUAGAUGUCUCCGUUGCUUCUGUCGACCUGCCUGCUACAAGAUGCCUGCUCGGGCGUCUUCUUACCCUCAGCUCCCAGGUCCGGGCAGCCCUGCAAAAUUCGCACCACCUGCCCGACGUGCCAGCUGCCGGCACGUGCACAAGCAGUGGCAGCAAGGGGGGAGGUGAUUGGCAGACGGGGCAAACAGUGAGGGCAGGUGGUGGCUUCCCUCUCUGGCUCAAGGUGCUACCUGGGGCAGGCAUUCUCAUUGCUGGCGGCAGCAUGACCAUCAACUUCUGCAUGGCCACUUCCCAUGCUGCACCGCCUGGUUCUCCUGCUGCCAGGGAGCACAUAGAGAACACAAGCGGAAGCGACUCGCCGACUUUCGACUCGCCUCCCGUUCCCCGGUAUUCCUUCACCUUUCACUCGCCGGCUCCCGAGGAGAACUGCUCUUCCUCUCCAGGCGCAACCAGCGGCGAAGCUUCCCCAGGCGAGGCGGCGGAGCGGGUCCGCCAGCGGCUGCGCAACUCGCGCAGCCUCCGCAUUUCCGUCUCGCGCCAGCUCAUGGACAUCAGCAACAGCGCGCCAUCCUCCCCCGUGCGCGCAUCCGGCGCAUUCGGCUCCCCCUUCGGCUCCCCUUCCGCAUUCCCCUGUGAAGGAGGUUCAUCAGCGACCCCUGGGCGGAGAGGGUCGCGCGCGCAGGACGCAGCAGCCGCAGAUAGAUGUUGGGAUGACUCGUCAGUGCUGGCGCUAUUAGAGCACAGCCGGCUGUGCCGCCAGGAGGUGGUUCAGCUGCUCGGGCUCUGCCAGCCUGGCCUCGCCCCGCUUGCGCCGUCGGCGCAACCUGCGCCAAUUGCGCCAGUUGCGCCAGUUGCUGCAGUUGCGGAGGUCUCCGCGGUGGCUCCGACCGCGCCAGGUGCGCCAGUGGUGUCAAGUGCGGGGAUCAUGAAGGAAAACAGCGGGGAUGAGCGUCAGGCGGAAGUCCCUCCAGGGGCGCACACAGCGGUCGGGACAGGUGAAGCGAGGUUCAAGGUUGAGACAGCUUGCGCUGAGAGCAGAGCAGAGCCGGUCAGCAGCUCAUCAUGUGCGAGUGCACGCCCUGCCGGCAUGACAGCGCCGCAUGCCUACCCUGACAGCACCACGGCACAUAGGAGUGAGACUGAUGCUGGGAAGAAUGACAAGUCGCUGACUGGAAAUGCAGGUGGAAGUGCGGUUGGAAGUGUGGGUGGAAGUGUGGAUGGAAGUGUGGGUGCAAGUAUAGUUCCUUGCUGCCCUGGCACGGUGGGGAUGGGUGGAAUGGGCAGAGCAGCAUUGCGCGUUGCAGCAGCUCCACGUGCUCCGUGCAGUGUUGCUUCCUCGCAGUCCCGGGGCAGGGCUGUCCCCCCCACCAUGUCAUCCGCGUUGAAGUACAAUGCGGGUGCGGAGGAUAAGGGCUUCAGUGUGAUGUUUGCCGAGAUGCGGCAGAGACGGCAGCAGGAGAAAGCAGCUGCUGACGCCACUGGUACUGCUGCUGCUGCUGGGAUUGCAGGAGAUUCCUUGGAGAAUACCAUUUAUGGUGCAACUGUAGCAGCAGGUUCUUGUGAAGACACAAGCAAAGUCAGUAGCAGUUCCCCUAGGACCAAAGCUGCCUGUCGCUCCAGUAAAGGCCUACAGUGGAUUGGUGUUCGGGCGGACGAUAUGGAUUUUAUUCUCAAGGAGUUGGCAGAGGCAGCCAUGGGAGGAGGGGAGGAGGUGGCAGGGUUUGAUGAAUUUGCGGGAGAGGAGACUGAGGACGAUGGAGGGGGAUUAUCAGAGAGUGAUUAUGUCAGUGAGGAGACUAGUGAUUGUGAUUGCAGUGAAGCGGAGAGACAGGACAAUGAGUUGAUAGCAGUGCUGAGGAGGGUUCAGGGCAGGGAAUGGUGGGGUAGAACCUGUGCGGGCGGUGGGCCUGAAGAAGCUGGUCGAGAGUUAGGGCGUGGCGAGUUCGGCGUGACGUGUCUCGCGACUAGCAAGGCAAACGGGGAGCAGGUGGCCGUUAAGUCUAUCCCUAAGCGGAAAUUAAAGACGGCCGUGGAUAUCGAGGAUGUGCGGAGGGAGGUGGCGAUUAUGCACCACUUACCGUCGCACCCUAACAUCGUGGGACUUAAAGGGGUAUUUGAGGAUCGGCACGCGGUUCACAUCGUUCAGGAGCUGUGCGAAGGCGGGGAGCUGUUCGAGCGGAUUAUAGCGAGGGGGCAUUAUAGCGAGCGAGCGGCGGCGGUUAUCACACGGACUAUCGUGGAGGUGGUGCAGGUGCGUGUGAAGGGCGCUGCCAUUAAGCCCAACCCUGCUAGCAAGGAGGAAAACUUCGAAACGCCUUGCAUUGCUGCAACCCGCCCCGCCCCUCCCUUCCAGGUGUGCCACAAACACGGAGUGAUGCACCGGGACUUAAAGCCCGAGAACUUCCUGUUCGCCAACAACCAGGAGGACGCGGCGUUGCGAGCCAUCGACUUUGGGCUGUCCAUCAUGUUCAAGCCGGGCGAGUCGCUGAGCGAGAUCGUGGGCAGCCCGUACUACAUGGCGCCCGAGGUGCUAAGGAAGAACUACGGGCCCCUGGCGGAUGUGUGGAGCGCCGGCGUCAUUCUCUACAUUCUUCUCUGCGGCACGGAGCAGGGAGUGGCGCAGGCGGUGCUGCGGUCGCAGGUGGACCUGAAGCGGGACCCAUGGCCCAAGGUGUCGGAUGGGGCAAAGCACCUCGUCAUGCUCAUGCUUCAACCCGACACCUCCAAGCGCCCCACUGCGCAACAAGUGCUGCGUGAGUGCUCCGUUCCUCCUGCCUCCGUGGCUGCUCCCCUCCGCUGCGUGCCUCCGCGCUUUUUGGCGCACUUCAUAAAUAAUCUCCCUCACUUUUCCCCACUUCCCGCCAACUCCCACAUCGCCCUUCCCCACCUGCUGCGGCCAUCAGAGCACCCGUGGCUGAGGGAUGCCAACGAGGCGCCAGACACGCCGCUGGGAGUGGAGGUGCUGUCCCGUAUGCAGUCGUUCCAGGCUAUGAACAAGCUCAAGAAGAAGGCUCUCAAGGUCAUCGCCGACCAGCUAUCCUCGGCAGAGGAGAUGCAAGGGCUACAGGAGGUGUUCAAGAUCAUAGAUGAGAACGGAGACGGCACGCUCACCCUCGAGGAGCUCCGCAACGGCCUCCGCCGCAUCGGCUCGCCGCUCUCCGACGCUGAAGUGCAGGCACUCAUGGACGCGGCGGACAUCGACGGCAACGGGGAGAUUGACUACAGUGAGUUUGUGGCGGCAACGAUGCAUCUGCAGCGCGUGGACAACGAGAAGAACCUGCAGGCGGCGUUUGACUUCUUUGACUCGGACCGCAGCGGGUUCAUUGACAUCGAGGAGCUGGCGGAUGCAUUGGGCGCGGACUUGACGUCACUCAAGGAAAUCCUUGCGGAAGUGGACACCAACAAUGACGGCAAGAUCAGCUUUGACGAGUUCAAGGUGAUGAUGCGCAAGGGCACGGACCUCAGGGGCAGUCUGCGCCACUUCUCUAAGAGCCGCUCCUCACUGCGAGCCCUGCUCAAGCUCAGUGGUCGGGGGAUACGCGAUGGCCCGAUCUGUGAUAAACGAUCGGCAGAGGGCGGCGCUGUGCGGGGAUAUGCGGUGCUGUGCGGUGACGAGACCGCGGUAGAGGCAGCGGAGAGGGAUGAGGCGGAAGAGGAGAGGUGGAAGGAACUGGCGGAGGACGUGGGGGCGGGCGAAGGCGAAGGGGAAGGGGAAGGGGAAGGGGAAGGGGAAAAUCCACUUCCCUCUGUGUUUGAAGGGCCGCAAUUGCCGCAUUCGGACGGGCUGAUUACCAAUACAAUAGUACAGGACCGGCGAUACAGACCAGACGAACAACAACAGGAAGAGGAAGUGGGGGACCAGGAUCAAGAGGAGGAGGAGGAGGAAAGCAGGAAGAAGCGAGAGCUGUGGGAGGAAGCAGGGCCUUAUGAUAGCGGGAUAUAUGGUCCCUGGUAUUCCCACAGGCCGUCCGGGCACCAGCAGUGGCAGCAGCAGGUGCAGCUGCGCGCGCAGAAACACGCACGGACUGCGAGCCUUCAGUUCAAGCAGCAGCAGCAAGGAGUGCAGCAGUGGGGGGCGCAGGGGGGGAAGCAGCAGAAGCCGGGAGAGGCGCCGGAGUGGGCAAAGCGGGAGCAGCAGCGGUGGGAGCGGGACCAACGGCCGCAGACGGCGGAGGAGAUUGCGAUGCAGGAGGAGCACUGGCGGCAGCAGCAAGGGCUAGUUAAGACCAGGCUGCGGCAGUGGCGGCAGCAGGCGAAGCGGAUGAAUCAAGUGACUAAAGCCAAGGAGGCGGUGUGGGCGGCAGAGGCGAGGAGCAGAUGGGCGGCAGCGGCGCAGGGGCGGGAGAGGGCGGAAGGGACGGCAGGGACGGCAGGGCGGUUUUCUGUGAUGACAGAAGACGAUAUGGAUGACAUGAUGCCGGGCGGCACACUCUCCUGGCAGCGCCUGAAAGCCACCGCCACUGCCGCCCACCCCAGCACUCCCAACAAUCUCAAGGCCACCAUCGCCUCCGUCAAUCCCAAGGGAGCCGUCACUCCCAAGGGGGCAGCAAAGCCAUGCUCCCCGCGGCACAGCAGCCCGGUGAUCAAAGUCUACUCAGUGUCCGACAUCGCUAAGCGCACGCGAUACCCUCCCCGGCAGACCGUCACGCUCGUGCUCUACCGCUCGCUCUCCCUCUCCCGCGGGCUCCUCUUCGGGACCAACUUCUCCUGCACCAUCUUCCGGUCCCGCUCCCUGCCCUCGCGCCACUCCAUCUCCCUCUCGCGCUCCGAUGAGCCCGUGCUAAGAGUGCACAACGCCAGCAACGUCCUGUUCAUCGGCAUCGGGCUGCGCAGCGCCGUGCGCAACUCCUCGCCCUUCUGCGAGAUGCUGCCCGAAUACGGCAGCCUGAUGGGCUUUGAAAUCAUCUGCCCGGCGCUCCACAUCUACCGCUCGUUCGGGAUUCAAUUCACCCAGGCUUCCGUGAUCGGCCGAAUCGACGUCUUCCGAUCGGGUUACACCAAGCUGGACUCACUCUUUGUAACCGCCCCUGGGACGUACGAGAGGUCACCGGGAGUGAUCCGCAUGGGCAUGUGCGGGCUGGGCAUGACUCUGGUAUCAUCCAAGAAUGUGAUCACCAAUAAUGAUGUCUUUGGCGCGUGGGAGCUGAUUAACCUCUACCGCGGGUCGAUCGGCGUGAAGGUUCAUAAUAAUUUCCUCCAUGAUUACCUCUUUGCGGGGUUCCGGUGCGGCGCUGACGUGCACUACUCGUGGGACUGCAUGCUGACGUCAGUGAAGAACAACUUUGUCUUCACGCCUCAGUCCAAGGGCCGCCUGACGUUUGACUCGGCCGGGAUUUAUUUCUGCACUCACUGGUUCAACCCUGGCAGCACAGUGGCCUGCAAUUAUGUGAUAGGCGGGGACCACUGCUAUUACCUGGACUACUGCACAUCAGGAGUGGACAUCACAGGGGGCGUGUGUGCGCAGCUGUGGGACGGAGUGAAGCUGAACAACGGCAAGCGCAACAAGAUCCGCAGCCUGCUCAUGGUCAGCCUGGGGCAGAGCCCGGGCUAUAUUACCUGCCUGACAGUCACAAUCAACCAUUGUGGGAAGGACCCUGGGACCUAUUGGGAGAGGAUGCGCAAGCGCUACUACAACUCCCCGGAGAUCAAUAAGCUAUGGCCGUGGAUGAAGCAUGUGUGCAGGCAGGCAGACACGCAUCGCUCUCACUGCCCGCCUCUUGCCGCCUCUCCAGUUCCUCACUUUCAUCCUACCUCACCUCUCCCUUGUUCCCCCAUCUCUCCCCUCAUUUCUUCCACCCACCAGCUAUGGCCGUGGAUGAAGCAUGUGUGCAGGCAGACACGCAUCGGCACGCAGUCCUGCAACCCCGCAGGUCACAAGGCUCUCACCUCCAAGCAGACCGGCGCAUGCAGCGGCCUGCCCACCGAAAACGACGUCGAGCUCAUCGCAGUAGAUGCCGACACAAGCCGCCCGGACGAGUACCGGUACUGCGGGGGGGUGCCUGCCGCCCGGAAGGUGAACCGGCAGGUGCUCUACAGUACAAACGUAUUACAAGGACUGGAAUAUUCCAGCUCCUACAUUCUACAGGAAGAUGGUAGCAUUGUCAUAUAA